AUGAGGAUAAAAUUAAUCUCAUGGAAUGUUAGGGGGCUGAAUGAACAGGGAAAGAGAAGGGUGGUACAAAACCUGUUGCAGGACUGGAAAGCAAACAUUGUCUGCCUCCAGGAAACUAAAUUAGAAGGCGAUGUACAGGACUUAGUUAAACAAAUUUGGGCAGGGAGAUGGAUUAAAUAUGCUUGUUUAGAGGCCAGUGGAACUAGAGGAGGAAUCAUGAUGUUAUGGGAUUCCAGAAUGUGGGAAAGGGAAAUUAUGCAAGUUGGAGCCUAUACUCUCUCUUGUAAAUUCAAAGCUCAGACAAGCAAUUUUGAAUGUCAUAUAACCGGAGUGUAUGCUCCGAAUAGUAUAGUGGAGAGGAGCUUUGUAUGGGAAGAACUAGCUGAUGUAAGAGGCUUGAUGGAUGGUCCAUGGGCUGUUUGUGGUGACUUUAAUGUAUGUAGAUUUCCUUCUGAAAAAAGGGAGUGCAACAGGUUAAACUCAGCAAUGAGAGAGUUCUCAGAAUGCAUUGAAGACAUGGACCUCAUUAAUCUGCAAUUAAGUGGUGGAAGGUAUACCUGGUACAAGGGUGAUAACCAUAUCACAGCAUCCAGGAUAGACAGGAUUAUGGUCUCCACAGAAUGGAAUAAUCUUUUCACCAACAUAAAGCAAACCACUAUGCAAAGAGUGACUUCUGAUCAUGUUCCUAUAGCCUUGUUGUGUGGACAUUGGGAACAAUCUAAAUCCUAUUUUAAGUUCGAAAAUUGGUGGCUGAACCAAGAAGGAUUUGUUGAAAGAAUCAAGGUCUGGUGGAAUGAUUUUGAGUUCUAUGGGAAGCCAGAUUACAUCUUAGCAUGCAAACUCAAAGCCCUCAAAGGGAAAUUGAAAGAAUGGAGCAGAUAUGAACAAGGUAAUCUGAAAUUGCAAAAGAACAACCUUCUCAAUCAGAUGGCUGAGUUAGAAUCACAUCAGAGCAACAGAAUUUUAACUGAGGAGGAGAGAGAAAAAAAAGCCACACUUUUCAUGGAGUAUGAGGGGUGUUUGAAGAAUGAGGAAGUGGCCUAG